GCGGGCACUCAGCGAAAGCAGCAGCACAACAGAGGAGGAGGAAGAGGAAGAGGAAAGAGGAGGAGGAGGAAUCAGAGCGAGAGAAACAGUGUGGCUGCAGUCAGGAGAGACACAAACACAGAGAGAGAGAGAGAGAGAGAGAGAGAGAGAGAGAGAGAGAGAGAGAGAGAGAGAGAGAGAGAGGAGACGAUCCAGAGAGAAGAGAAGGUUUCCUCCCCACCUUACCUCACUGCCCCAUGAAAGAAGCCAUGCCGGUCCUCACAGCAGGAGCGGGGCUACAUGAAACACUGGCCCUGCUGACCUCUCAGCUACGGCCCGAUGCAAAUCACAAAGAGGACAUGGUCUUCCUAAAAGACGUGUUCAGCGAGCGGAGUUUGGGAUGUCUCAUGAAGAUUCAUGAGAAGCUGAGACAAUAUGAGAGACAGAGUCCAACACCCGUCCUCUACAGCGCCUCUUCUCUGGCAGAGGAUGUUGCAGAGGAGCUUCAGAGUGGACCAAUGAGCACCGAGGAGAAGGAGCUGCUGCACCUGCUGACAUCCCCACAUCUCAAGGCCGUUCUCUCGGUGCACGACACGGUGGCACAGAAGAACUUUGACCCCGUGCUGCCGCCGCUGCCCGACGACUUUGAGGACGAGCUGGAGGAGGAGUCGGUGAAGAUUGUCCGGCUGGUGAAGAACAAGGAGCCUCUGGGAGCCACCAUCAGGCGGGAUGAAGCCACUGGGGUGGUGAUUGUUGCUAGAAUCAUGAGAGGAGGCGCAGCUGACCGAAGCGGUUUGGUCCAUGUAGGAGACGAACUCAGGGAGGUCAAUGGAGUCUCUGUGAUCCACAAGAGGCCUGAUGAGAUCAGUCAGCUGCUGUCCCAAUCCCAGGGCUCGAUAACUCUAAAGAUAAUCCCUGCCAUUAAGGAAGAAGACCGACUCAAGGACAGCAAGGUGUACAUGAGAGCCUUGUUUGACUACAUCCCGCUGGAAGACAAAGCGACGCCUUGCCAAGAGGCGGGACUUCCCUUCAAGCGGGGGGACAUCCUGCAGGUCGUGACCCAAGACGACCACACGUGGUGGCAGGCCAAGCGCGUGGGAGACAGCAACCUGCGGGCCGGACUCGUCCCGUCCAAACUGUUCCAGGAGAGGCGACUGGCCUACAGGGUGAAAAUGGGCACACUUCCGAAUCCAAAAUCCCCUAAAAAUCCCGUCUAUGACCAAGGAUGUGAUAAAGAGGACUGUGACUGUGAGGGCUAUUUCAAUGGACAGUACAUAGUCUCUCCUAAGUGUAAAGCAGUGGCGCCCUCCUGUGGCCAGGUGUUUUCCUGGGAAUUUUAUUCAGCUGGUCUGCGGAGGAGUUUCCGGCUGAGUCGCAAGGACAGGCAAGGAUCCUCCGGAGAGGGUUCGGAUCCCGGAGACUCCGACUACCUGACCUAUGAAGAGGUGACCCGCUACCAGCAGAGGCCCAACGAAAGGCCCCGUCUGGUGGUUCUGAUAGGAUCUCUUGGAGCGCGCAUCAACGAACUCAAACAGCGGGUGAUUGCCGAAAACCCACAUCGCUUCGCAGUGGCGGUACCUCACACCACAAGGCCCAAGAAGCCUCACGAGAAGGAGGGUGUGGAGUACCACUUUGUCACCAAACAGCAGUUUGAUGCAGAUGCUUUAAACAACAAGUUCAUAGAGCACGGGGAAUACAAGGAAAACCAGUACGGCACAAACAUAGAGGCCAUCCGCUCGGUCCAGGCCAAGAAUAAGAUGUGUGUAGUGGAUGUGCAACCCGAGGCCCUGAGGAGGCUUCGGACAGCAGAGUUCAAGCCCUACGUGAUAUUUGUCAAACCUCGUGUUCCCGAGAGCAGACGUCGUCGUAGUGCUGCGACUUCACCGGGAGGAGGAGAGCACGGCCGCAUUACAGACGAAGACCUCCAAGAGAUGCGUCAGUCUGCGGCUCAGAUUGAUCAGCAGUACGGACACCUGGUGGACCGGAUUCUGAUCAAGGAGGACUCGGCCAGUGCCUGUGCAGAGCUGCGAGGUAUCCUGGAACGGCUGGAGCGAGAAUCCUUCUGGGUACCUCUCAGCUGGGUGCGGACCUAAAUUCCCCCCCGCAUCUUCCAGACGAACUCGACCCCGACAAAACAAAAUUCUACACUGCAACCCCCCCCCCCACGAAAACUCCCCCCAAGAGCUGGUCAAACAGCAAGGAACCACAACCACUAAUGGGAGAGGAGGGUGUCUGGAACCAGGAAAUCCGUCUGGACACUUCAUGUCAUAUUUAUUCAGGUUUGGUUUUAUGACUUAUUUGACAGAUGCAAGUUCAUUGAUAAAGACUUAUUUUGUUGCUCAGGCUUUUUCACGCUGCAUAGUUCAUGAGGUCGGUGAUCCCACUCACCGGAUGGCUGUCAGGCAGCUUUAUUAUGACUCUUAGAGUACAUUUAGUACCAUGUUUACUGUUUUUUACUUUUUUUUUUCAACUCAAAUCCAAUCUCCGAGUGCUUCCUGUUGAUUUGUACCGCUCAUUCAUCCUGUACAAUUUUACAACCAAUUCAGCUAAACAGGAGAAUUUCAUGUAUCAAGUUAAGUGAAUGAAAUUGUUCUGUUUCCAAAAUCUAAUUUCCACAUGCCACAUAUGGACAAACAAUAUUCAAAUGGGAUGUGAGAAUUUUAUUUUCGACAGAACUUCUUUUAUGCAACGCAUGGAAACGCAUUACUCAUUCUCAUUUGUAAAUAUUGUAAAUGUUAACUCCUCAUGUGCCAACGAAUUCUCGUAGCACCUUGAUGCAACCUGUUUACCUUUGAUCCCUGGUAACCCACAUCUGUUCGUAUGGAGAACCAAGUUGUGCACAAAAUAUCUGUGGAUGGAUGUCAUGGUGUAGGUUCAAUUACAACAACCUGAAAUGCUCCUUCAUGUACAGGAAUUGGUUUCGUACAGUUUCCUUCCACACAUCUGUAUUUCUGACUACAGGGUCUUUGCUUUAAUAUUAGAGACGAUGCAGAGGCGGGAGAGGUAAUAUUCAGAAGGUUUGAGAAAUACGUCUUUCAGCUACUAUUUUUUCUUUGGAAUAAAUAUUUUAUUUAAUUAUCAAUCAAAAAGGAAAAACAUUCCCUGGUUAGUGUUUCCAAUUAAUUUGAUUAAUUCUUCUGUGUUGAUAAACUGCGUGUCUUAUUAAUUUUUUCUAUUAAUUUUCACACACAAGAGAAAUUAUUACAGAGACCAAUAUUGGUCUUUGUAUAACAUCACAAGAGUCUAACAAGUUUUAAUCAACUAGAUUUACUAAUAUCAUUAUAUUUUGAUGUGUGUUUAAAAUGAAUCGGCUUUCAAAUCAUUUUUAAACAUUUUGAAUAUGAAUAUCUUCAUGUCCCUGAAUGUUGAGUUUGUAAUGUGACCUGUAGAAAGUGCCAUAAUAAAAGCUAGCUGAGUCUAA